AUGCGGCUGGAAUGUUUAGUGGAAACUGCCAGCAUUAUUGUCAACAUUUGUCCAGAGGGCCGGGCGGGGAGCUCAUGGAAAAGGCCAGACAGGCAUGUGCCGUCAUCAGAUACUGAUGAAAGUGUACGGAAACAACAUACCUACCCACCCAUGCAAAUACAACAAGCAGCUGGAAAGAAAGGGGUGAUUAGCAAGAUUGUUCAAAAACACUUACAGGAAUGGCAGAAGAAAGUCUACAAGCACAAUUUUGCAGAUGCCAUUUUUGCCUCACCAGCAAUUUUCAGGGAUAAGACCGUGGAUUUGCUGGCAUCAGUAGAUCCUAUCCAAUUGAUAGAGGAGCAAAAAGUUGGUGGGGAUGCAAUGGCAGUGGUGGCCCAGAUAUGGUGGUGA